GACAAUUUUGUCAUUGAUCAGAAAUUUUUUUUUCAUGGGACUUAAUUUUGAUGGGAUUUUUUAAUGGGCGCCUCUAAUUUUGGCGCGCUAGGAGGAGAUAGAAGAGGGCGAAGAAGAAAGGGUAAAGGGCGGGAAGACAAUGCAAGGAAAAGGGCCAAAGGGGACAAGUAGGUCAGCAGCUCUGUAGAAAAAGAAAAAGACGAGCGAAGACGAAGGUUGCAUGAAUGCCAGCUCCGAUUUACUUUCAUUUCUUAACCCUCCGUUCUACGACAUUACAAUUGUUCGCGGCCAUCCAACCAUUCUCUCAUUCCUUAACAGCACAGCGAAUUCAAGGGAUUGAAAAUGAGGCAGGCAACAAACAGUUUGCUGGUAUAUCGAAAAGACAAUGGUUAAACUGAAUAACCUAAGCGUUUUCGUUAUCCUAGAUUAGAUAUUUGGCUCCAAGCUUUUUCAGUUUGAAGAAUUCAGUAAGACUAAACAAAUAUGUCGAUGCAAGCUGUCCAUUUUUUUUUAAAUACGAAAACAAGGAUGCAAUCCUUCCUACGUGUUAAGUAUGGGAGCAUUAGUCCACCAUUUGCCAUCAUUCAUUUGUUCUUGAUAUUGUCGAGGUGAGUAUGACGGCAUGCUUGUUUGAAUAAAGCUUGACCAACAGCGCCGAACUCAAUAACGCUCGUCAACAAGAUAAUCAUACGACACUUUGACUGGUGUGGUGAUACCGAUAGCUCGAAAAACAAAACAAACAACCGGGAGGAUUGAGUACGCAGCAGGCGUUAAAGCCGAGCAACCAAAGGCAUAGUAGGUGAUAGAACACCACCCCCCCAUAAAACGUGCACAACAAACUACUUGAAAAUAAAAUCUAAGCUGACAUAGACAUUCUUGCAAGCUUGAUUAGGUAUGUAAUGUACGUACCAAUUGUCAAUCAACUGAUUAAGGCAAGCCUGCAGAUUGCGCUACUCCGUAUAAAUAAGACAUCACUACAGAAGCCAAAGGUGUCCUGAAAAACAGUCCUGACGAAACGAACUGAAGAUGGCUUCUCUCCUGUUUUCUGUAUCGCUCAUGGUGAGCGCUCUUGUUUUCGGCCUUGUCGACAGUCAAAUUAUUUCGGUAACAAAUGGAGAAGUUGAAGGAGAAUGGGGCACGAUGGAUACGUGUCCCGGGGGAUCACGGGCCGUCUACUACGCCACCCGUAACGAUCCUAACCAGGGAACGGACUUUACUUCACUUAAUGCGAUUCAAUUAACUUGCGACAACGGUGGCGGAAGCAUCAUUACUUCGACCGAAGGCCUUGUUGGACAACUGGGUCCAGGCCGCGGAUGCGCUGCAGGAGCGUUUCUUUCUGCCUUUCAAUUGAAAGUUCAGCCGAACGGGGUUGAUGCCGAUAACACUGCAGCCAAUAGCAUUCGUUUCCGAUGCACGGACGGUGUUGAAUUAGCUAGCGCUGGAAACCAAAUUGGCGUAUUCGGUGAUUACAGUGCCGAUUGCGUGAACGGAAUCUGUGGAAUCCAGACCCGCGUGAAACCCGAUGAUCCCGCGACGGACAACACGGCUCUUAACGAUGUCCGUUUUGAAUGCUGCGUUUAAAUGUUAAUGAUCGAUUCCCAUACAAAUUUCCCCUUCUGCACCUCUACCCUGAUACAUUCGAAAAAAAUUCAUUUAAAAUUAAAAACAAAUAAAACAUUAACUCCACUCUUGCCAUAUAAAUAUAUUAGACUUGGGCUACUAUUACAACAGCUUUA